AUGGCUGGCAAGAAGGGAGAAAACGCGAAAAAGGUGGCCGGAAAUGCCCGCAAGGCGGAAGCUGCGGCCAAGAAGGGCGCCGCCGAGGAUGCUCAUCGCGAGCAUGUCGAGGACGAGAAGUGGCAGAAGGGUUCCAAGAAUAACUCGAAGAAGGAAGCCGAAGAAGCCAAGCGAGCAGAGGCCGCGAGAAAAAAGGCCGAGAAGGAUGCUUUGAUGAAGGAGGAAGAGGAAAAUAUCGGUGGCCGUGCCGAACCCAAGAAAGCCAAGACGGCCGUCAAGAAGUCGCGCGGCCUGGACUUGUCGCAGCUCGAUGACGGGCCCAGCACUCUCAACGCCAGCGGCAUCGACAAUGCGCUCGACGCUCUGUCGCUGACUGCCGGAGGCAGCGAUGGCAAGGUUGACACGCACCCCGAGAGGCGCUUUGGCGCUGCCUACCGCGCGUACGAGGAGCGCCGUCUGGACGAGAUGAAGGCCGACGGUAGCGGCACGGGUCUGCGUCUGGAUCAGCGCAAGCAGCGCAUCCGCAAGGAGUUUGAAAAGAGCCCCGAGAACCCCUUUAACCAGGUCACGGCCGCUUACAAUGCUACGAGAGACGACAUUCGCGAAGUUCGUGAAAACGAGAAGAGCAAGAUUGAGAAGCGCCUUGGUGCUUGA